AUGAAAUCGGCAAGUUUACUGAUCAUCGCGCUCCUCGUGGCGGUGGCCUCCUGCGUUCCCAAGUUCGAGGACGGAGGUUUCAAGCCGAGUUCGGUCGAUUACACGGAGAAAUCGGCCAAGGCUCAGGACCAAGUGGCCAUGCCGAGCCAAGCCAAGCGCAAGGAGGGCGACUCGUCGCGAAACAACGAACUGAACGACCGGUCCCAGGAGCCCCGUUUCGGCUUCACCAACGUCGGCGACAAUUCCGGUUACGGAGUGUCGAGCUACGCGCCGGCCAAGAUCGACCUGGGAGGACUACUGUUGGGCGCCGUGAUCGGUAUAGGGACGAUCCUCGUCAUUCCCAAGCUUCUCUACGUCCUGUCCGGAUCGUACGGCGCUUACGCCCGAAGUGAAGACAGCGGUAUAGCCCAGAUAAUGACUCGGUUGGACGAUGCUUUGGCGCGCAACGGCAUAGACACGACGACUUGCAUGCAGCGGGCGGCCUGCUCGUAUUCGAAACAAGCCAUGGAAGCUGUGCGGGGUGCAGGCAGCGAUAGCAGUAACAACAGUGGGGACGGGAUAUCGACGGCGGAUCGGUUGAUGGACGCGUUCUCGUCUAACGAGGUGUUGCGGACGGCCUUGCGGGGCACGGCGAUUCAAGAGGCGAUCGAGGCCGGUCGGAGCGGGCAAAACUGCGCGAGGGUUUACCAGCAGUGCGGCAUGUCCGCCGAGAACAUGCUGACGAUACUGGCCAAACUGGCGGCCACUCAGGCGAUCGGCAACGCAGUCAAGGCCACGGCCACGGCGUGA